CUCCGUGUCGCCUCUCUCGUCCGCCGCGUCGUACGACAUCGAGCGUAACCAGGCCAGCCAUGUCGUCACUGCGCUACGCCAUCCGGCCGCUGACAGAGAGGGACGGGCCGCAGCUGGUGGACUUCCUGCGGCGGUUUUUCCUGAGGGACGAGCACCUCAACGCAGCCGUGGGCCUCAUGGCCGACGGGCGACACUCCUGCCCAGAGCAGGAGGAGUUCAUAUUGGACGCCCUGCCCCACGGCCUGUCACUGCAGGCGGUGGACGUGGAGACGGGAAGGCUUCUGGGAGUCAUCGUGAAUGGUCUGCACCGAGCGGGGCACGAGGAGGAGAACGUCAGGAGGGCAGAGAAGUUGCGGGAGCCGGCAUUCCGCGAGAUUCGUCGCUUCCUCACCUUCGUCGAUCUCCAGGUGUCAGAGAAGCUUCGUAACAUGUACCCUGACAUCGACCAUCACCAGGUGGAAGUCCUCGGGGGAUCUGUCGAUACAGCAGUAAGGCACUGUGGGAUCAUCACGGAUCUCAUUGAACACAGCAGAAAAAUUGGAAAAGAAAAAGGGAUACCUCUGAUGAGGGCUGACUGCAGUAGUAUAUAUUCCAUCAAGGCUUGUGAGUAUGUCGGCUUCAAGAAGAUAUUUUCCAUCAGGUAUAAUACUUAUCAGCGUGAUGGAAAAGUGAUUUUCCCACCCACAAAAGAAUCUGGUGAUGAACUUGCGACAUACGUUCAGAAGUUAAAUUAACUAUACCACUAGUAAAAUUCUAUCUGUUUUGAUGUCAAUGCUUAGGUCUUUGAUGGCUCUUUCCAGUCCUUGUGUACCCACAUGCAAACAUAUACAUACAGAUGCAUUUACAAACCUUGU